UCCUCUCCUGCUUCUGCGCCUAACUGCAGAAUACACCGUUUUCGGCAGGAGAGCAAUUCCCCUCACAUCAAAUUUAUCAUGCCUGCACUUGUUGUAACUGAAGAAACAAUGGCCUCCGAGGUAUCCAAAAAGAAAAUGAAGAAGACACCCAAAACUGAUCUUGAAACUCCUACUGAUAAGAAAACCAAAGAGAAAAAGUCAAAAAAAUCGAAGAUUGAUUCUGGGUCUGAUUCAGAGGACGCAAAAAGGAGUAAAAAGAAAGAGAAAAAGCGAAAAGCUUUGGACUUGGAUGGUGAGAAGAGUGAUACGAGCUCAGAGAUAUGCGAGCCGGUAGAUUUGAAGAAGAAUAAAAAGGCUAAAUUGGACGAGGAAGAAGUGAUGGUUGAGAAGAAAGUGGAGGAUCCUAAUGCUUUGUCUAAUUUUAGGAUUUCAAAGCCUUUAAAAGAGGCUUUGAAUUCUAAGGGAAUAGAAGCACUUUUUCCUAUUCAAGCUAUGACUUUUGAUGAUAUUCUUGAUGGAUGUGAUUUGGUUGGUCGAGCUCGUACUGGUCAGGGUAAAACGUUGGCCUUUGUUUUGCCCAUUUUGGAGUCCCUAACAAAUGGUCCUACUAAAGCAUUGCGAAAAACAGGAUAUGGGAAGGCUCCUAGUGUUCUGGUGCUUUUACCUACUAGGGAAUUGGCACUUCAGGUGUUUGCUGACUUUGAAGUUUAUGGCCGGGCUGUUGGGCUCACUUCGUGCUGUCUGUAUGGAAAUUCUCCUAUGGGGGCACAACAGGCUCAACUAAAAAGAGGAGUUGACAUUGUAGUGGGUACUCCUGGAAGGGUUAAGGACCACAUUGAAAGGGGAAAUAUUGAUUUCAGGUCUUUAAAGUUCCGUGUUCUUGAUGAAGUCGAUGAAAUGUUAAAAAUUGGUUUUGUAGAUGAUGUCGAAUUUAUUUUAGGCAAGGUCGAAGAUGCAAGCCUAGUUCAAACCGUUCUUUUCAGUGCCACUUUGCCAGUCUGGGUGAAGCAUAUUGCUUCUAAGUUUCUGAAACCAGAUAAGAAAACGGUUGACCUUGUUGGUAAUGAGAAAAUGAAGGCCAGUAAAAAUGUGAGGCAUAUUAUUAUUCCAUGCUCUAGUUCUGCAAGACCUCAGCUGAUUCCUGAUAUCAUUCGGUGCUACGGCAGUGGAGGCCGCACAAUUAUUUUUACUGAGACAAGGGCCCUAGCUUCAGAGCUAGCUGGCUUAUUGCCUGGGGCAAGUGCUUUGCAUGGGGAGAUACAACAGAACCAGCGUGAGGCUACACUUAAAGGAUUCAGAUCAGGAAAAUUCAUGACAUUAGUGGCCACAAAUGUAGCAGCCCGUGGAUUGGAUAUCGAUGAUGUUCAGUUAAUUAUCCAGUGCGAAGCCACUAGUGAUGUUGAAGCAUACAUUCAUCGAUCUGGAAGGACAGGACGGGCAGGAAAGAGUGGUGUGGCUGUAAUGCUGUAUGAUCCAAGGAAGUCCAACAUUUCUAGAAUUGAAAAAGAAUCUGGUGUGACGUUUGAGCAUUUAUCUGCUCCUCAGCCAGCUGAUGUUGCCAAGGCAGCUGGGAAAGAAGCUGCUGAUAUAAUUGCGGAUAUUUCCGAUAGUGUCAUACCUGCAUUUAAGGAUGCUGCAGAGGAGCUUCUGAAUACUUCUGACCUAUCACCAGCAGAGUUGCUUGCGAAAGCUCUUGCCAAGGCUGCUGGCUAUUCUGAGAUCAAGACUCGAUCGCUUCUUACUUCUAUGGAGAACUGUGUUACUCUGCUUCUCGAGUGUGGGAGACCCAUCUUCUCACCUUCCUUCGUCUAUAGUGUCCUGAGGAGGUUCCUGCCUGAGGAGAAGGUUGAAUCAAUCAAUGGUCUUACUUUGACAGCCGAUGGAAAGGGGGCAGUUUUUGAUGUAGCUGCUGAGCACUUGGAUGAAUUUCUCUCAGGCCACAAAACUGCACAUGGGGUAAAUUUAGAGGUAGUGGAAGCACUGCCUCCUUUGCAAGAGAGAGAGAAGCCAAGAGGUGGAAGAUUUGGAGGUGGUGGCCGUGGUGGUGGCUUCGGUAACAGAAGAGGCGGAGGUGGCUUUUCUGGAGGAAGAGGUAAUGGCAACUAUGGUCGCAGAUGGUAAGGAAUGGUGACAAUUUUUUUGACAGCUGACAAUACAAUAGUGUUCACGGCUGCGUUCAAAAUUUUGGUAUAGUGAAGAAAAUGUAUGAGACUUCAGUAAGGUUUCUUCUGUAUUAAUUUUACUAAUUUUUAUAGGUAUCUCCUCCCUGUACCCUGCUUCAUUCUGCUUUUCGCUAGUUGGCUUUAUUGUAG